CCCCAGCCUCCUCCACUCCCCAUCUGCACACACAAGAGAGGCGAAGGUGAGGACUGGGAGACAGGGGGUGGUAGGGAGAGGAGGUCAGCCAUGUACUUGAGCUGGCUCAGUUGGGUAUUAGCGCCACCCGAGUUUGCAGCCUGUGUGAGUGUGAGGGGGAGAGCGAGAGCAAGGGAGGGAGAGAGAGGCAGGCUGUGAGAGGAGAGAGGAGAGGGGGAGCAAGCGCUCCGCCAGCAUGAGGACAGGCUUCUCUUUUCCGUGCUCAGUUAAUCUGGCUGUCAGUUGGUGUUAACGCUGCCGUUUAAGUGCUCGGAUUCCAAGGGAAACAGACAAACCUCCCAGAAGGAAAGAAGGAAGCAAGCAAGGAAGGCAGGAACUGCAGGAGGAAAAGAACAGGCAGAACAGAGAGAGGAAUCAAGGGAAGGGGGGGGAAAUACCAAAUCUAUGACUGGACCUGGGCUUCUUUUUCGCCAAUGCAAAAAGGAAUAUGCAGCACAUUUUUGCCUUCUUCUGCACCGGUUUCCUAGGCGCGGUAGUAGGUGCCAAUUUCCCCAACAAUAUCCAGAUCGGGGGAUUAUUUCCAAACCAGCAGUCACAGGAACAUGCCGCUUUUAGAUUUGCUUUGUCACAACUCACAGAGCCCCCAAAGCUGCUCCCCCAGAUUGAUAUUGUGAACAUCAGUGACAGCUUUGAGAUGACCUAUAGAUUCUGUUCCCAGUUCUCCAAAGGAGUCUACGCCAUCUUUGGGUUUUAUGAACGGAGAACUGUCAACAUGCUGACCUCCUUCUGUGGGGCCCUCCACGUCUGCUUCAUUACACCGAGCUUUCCCGUUGACACCUCCAAUCAGUUUGUCCUUCAGCUGCGCCCUGAGCUGCAGGAUGCUCUUAUCAGCAUCAUCGACCAUUACAAGUGGCAGAAAUUUGUCUACAUUUAUGAUGCCGACCGGGGUCUGUCCGUCCUGCAGAAAGUCCUGGACACAGCUGCCGAGAAGAACUGGCAGGUGACAGCAGUCAACAUUUUAACCACCACAGAGGAGGGAUACCGGAUGCUCUUUCAGGACCUGGAAAAGAAAAAGGAGCGGCUAGUGGUUGUGGACUGUGAAUCAGAACGCCUCAAUGCCAUCUUGGGCCAGAUCAUAAAGCUGGAGAAGAACGGCAUCGGCUACCACUACAUCCUUGCAAAUCUGGGUUUCAUGGAUAUUGACUUAAACAAAUUCAAGGAGAGUGGAGCAAAUGUUACAGGUUUCCAGUUGGUGAACUACACAGACACCAUCCCAGCCAAGAUCAUGCAGCAGUGGAAGAAUAGCGAUGCUCGAGACCACACCCGAGUGGACUGGAAGAGACCUAAGUACACCUCUGCGCUCACCUACGAUGGAGUGAAGGUGAUGGCUGAGGCUUUUCAGAGCCUGCGGAGGCAGAGAAUCGAUAUAUCCCGCCGAGGGAAUGCUGGGGACUGCCUGGCUAACCCAGCUGUGCCGUGGGGCCAGGGGAUCGACAUCCAGAGAGCGCUGCAGCAGGUGCGGUUUGAAGGCUUGACAGGAAACGUGCAGUUUAAUGAGAAGGGACGCCGGACCAACUACACUCUCCAUGUGAUUGAAAUGAAGCAUGAUGGCAUCCGAAAGAUUGGUUACUGGAAUGAAGAUGAUAAGUUUGUCCCUGCAGCCACCGAUGCUCAAGCCGGAGGAGACAAUUCAAGUGUCCAGAAUAGGACAUACAUCGUCACUACAAUCCUAGAAGAUCCUUAUGUGAUGCUCAAGAAGAAUGCCAACCAGUUUGAGGGCAAUGACCGCUACGAGGGCUACUGUGUAGAGCUGGCAGCAGAGAUUGCCAAGCAUGUGGGCUACUCCUACCGUCUUGAGAUUGUCAGCGAUGGAAAAUAUGGAGCCCGUGACCCUGACACCAAGGCUUGGAACGGCAUGGUGGGAGAGCUGGUCUAUGGAAGAGCCGAUGUGGCCGUAGCUCCUUUAACUAUCACCUUGGUCCGGGAAGAGGUGAUAGAUUUCUCCAAGCCAUUUAUGAGUUUGGGGAUCUCCAUCAUGAUAAAAAAGCCACAGAAGUCCAAACCUGGGGUCUUCUCCUUCCUCGAUCCUUUGGCUUAUGAGAUUUGGAUGUGCAUUGUCUUUGCCUACAUUGGAGUGAGUGUCGUCCUUUUCCUGGUCAGCCGCUUCAGCCCCUAUGAAUGGCACAGUGAAGAGUUUGAGGAAGGGCGGGACCAGACAACCAGUGACCAGUCCAAUGAGUUUGGGAUAUUCAACAGUCUGUGGUUCUCCCUGGGAGCAUUCAUGCAACAAGGAUGUGACAUUUCUCCCAGGUCCCUGUCUGGCCGCAUCGUUGGUGGUGUCUGGUGGUUCUUCACCUUGAUCAUCAUCUCCUCAUAUACAGCCAACCUGGCUGCCUUCCUGACCGUGGAGAGGAUGGUGUCUCCCAUCGAGAGUGCUGAGGACCUAGCGAAGCAGACGGAAAUCGCUUAUGGGACCCUGGAAGCAGGGUCCACUAAGGAGUUCUUCAGGAGGUCUAAAAUUGCCGUGUUUGAGAAGAUGUGGACAUACAUGAAGUCAGCGGAGCCAUCAGUUUUUGUGAGGACCACGGAGGAGGGAAUGAUCCGAGUGAGGAAAUCCAAAGGCAAAUAUGCCUACCUUCUGGAAUCCACCAUGAAUGAGUACAUUGAGCAGCGGAAACCCUGUGACACCAUGAAGGUGGGAGGUAACUUGGAUUCCAAAGGCUAUGGCAUUGCGACACCCAAGGGGUCUGCCCUGAGAGGUCCCGUAAACCUAGCGGUUUUGAAACUCAGUGAGCAAGGCGUCUUAGACAAGCUGAAAAGCAAAUGGUGGUACGAUAAAGGGGAAUGUGGAAGCAAGGACUCCGGAAGUAAGGACAAGACAAGCGCCCUGAGCCUCAGCAAUGUGGCAGGCGUGUUCUACAUCCUGAUCGGAGGACUUGGACUAGCCAUGCUGGUUGCCUUAAUCGAGUUCUGCUACAAAUCCCGUAGUGAAUCCAAGAGGAUGAAGGGUUUCUGUUUGAUCCCACAGCAAUCCAUCAAUGAAGCCAUGCGGACAUCGACGCUCCCACGUAACAGUGGGGCCGGAACCAGCGGUGGCGGUAGUGGAGAAAAUGGCCGGGUAGUCAGCCACGACUUCCCCAAGUCCAUGCAGUCGAUUCCCUGCAUGAGCCACAGUUCAGGGAUGCCCUUGGGAGCCACGGGAUUGUAACUGGAGCAGAUGGAGACCCCUUGGGGAGCAUGCGCAAGCUCUCCCAGUUCCAUCCCAAACCCUUCAGUGCCAAAAACAAUAAAAUGAAACGCAACCGCCACCAACCACCAUGACCACAAGGAAGAUGAUUCAACAGAAUUUCCUGAAGAAUUGAAAAAUCAUUUUGCCAUCCCUUUUCCUUUUUUGAUGUUCUUUCACACUUUUCCGUUUGCUAAGUGAGGAUGAUAAACAGCAAUGCACCGCAAUAAGGGGAGAAUAACCCUGUCUAAUAGAGCCUGUGUCUCUGAAACGGAGUCACAGGAACAUUAAUGAGGAAACUGUACUGUUUUCUUUUAUUCGGUUGUUAAUAUGUCUUAGUGUGUGCGAUAUUUUUUUUCUUACUAAUAUCCAAGGUUUGCAGGUUCUUUUAGGCCCCUUCUUCUCCUGGCUUCUUACUCCCAACUCCCUACCCAUGUCUCUUCAGUUUUCAGACUGGAGAUUAAAGAUUCAUUCUACCAUACAAGCAAGCAAAAGGAAAAAAGCAACCUUCAAACUAAUUCACCAUUGGAGCUCUUUAAGUUACCCUCCAUCCUUCGGCCCCAAGCCAUGGAUGAGGAUGGAUGUUGUUGAAGAAGUGGACUGCCUUCCCCAGGAAGGGCACUUCCUAGGCACUGAUAUAGCUGAGGACAUGUGCAAAAACUAAUUCAGACCAAGGGUGGUGGAGAGGGCAAAGGCAGGUGUGCAGUCAGAGGAGGACUCAAGAAGUUAUUGCUGGAGGCUCAGAGAAAGCUUCCUUUAAUGUGUGACAGCCAUCCCAUAGGCUUAGGUGGAAUGGUAUAUGUCUUCACAGAGUCAACCUCAGCCUGAGAAUUAUGUCUUUCUGCUAUGCUCAAGCCCAAAGGCACUCUGGUGGCUGAAUUGUCCUCCUGAACCAAGUACAGCUUUGGGAAUAGUUGACAGCCAGGGAGAUAAUGCCCAUGAUUCUCACUUUUCAUUUGCUUGACAUCUGAGCAGGAACCCCACUGUGGAGUAGACUCUCUCUUCAGAGCCUCUGAUGUAGGGGGAAAUGCUAUGCAAACUAAGUGCAAAAUAAAGGAUGGAAGAAUUUUGGAAGAGGAAGCAUCAUGGAAGCCCACAAGCAAGAGAACCUUUCAUGGUGUGCCCUGUCCUAGGAUUAAGAGACCAAAUAUGAAGCUUAGGGUUUUGCUGACCUGGAGAACUUGGAUUUUUAUGUCCAUUUAAAAGUGUUGUUUUAGCAUGUGGCCAGGUAACAUUCUGUCACUUUAGAAAGUAAAAUGCCCAAGAAUGAAUAAAUUUAAGGAAGAUAGGGAGAUGAAUUAAGUUGAUAAUGACAUUGGGGGACCUUAAUAUCACUGACCCCAACUACCUUCCCCCUGGCUAAGACAGAAUGAGGAUGUAUUAUUCCAAUGACCAGACUCAAUAUGCCCAUGAUUGUAACUAUAAAGCUGAACUGAAGCAAGACUGGAGAAGUUGACAGGGUUCAUGGAGAGAAGCCCAGGCUGACUGCAACUUUAGUUGGGAGCAGGGUUCCUGGCACUUAGCUUUCUUGGAGAUCCCAGCUCUCAUUCUUGGUGCAAUUGGCUUCCAGCUCUUCAGCAGCCACUCUCCUAGGUGCAUGAUUCAGUGCGUGCCAUAUGUCUUUAGCUUUUAUUGGUGACCAUGUUCUGGCUUGUUUCCUUACCCCCUACUUCUAUCUAGUCUUCUCUGCUAGGGGUUAUCAUUAGCAACUGACAAACUAAAGGUUUGGGAGCCUACCAACAAGUAAGUGCAGCAUGAUUGGCUUCAUCAGUGGAUUAUCUCAGUCGACACGCACCAUCUCUAUGUGUCUCCCAUUCUCCUAAUAUCGGCCAUAGCAAAGAACCAUCCCCAAAUCAAACUCUUCACUCUUUCGACUCAAGCGCUGUCCAGUCUCUCACGUGUCAGUGUGGGCAUGGUACGUGAAGUAGGACCGUCAAGAUGGAUUUGUACUUUUCACCAGCUGAUGUCCUCUCCAUUCCCUGCCCUCCCAGCAGAUUUUUUUUUUUUCAUCCCUUAGCCUACCACUGCAGAAUCUGAUAUGACCCACCAUUAGGGAGUGCAUUUCAGAGGAGUUGGAAAUAAUCCUAUUACCAUCAACAUGCAUCAAAGACCUUUUGCCUUUGGUAGGAUGCCUCUCCAGCCACUGAGCUCACCGGGAACAUGAUCUGAGAGGGAGAGACCAUCUAAGCUAACAAUGAGGGUCUAUGUUGUGUGGGGGUCCAAGACUCCAGAGGAGGAAGCUUUUUAUCAAUGGAGGGGUGAUGGGGAAAACAAUAGCAAGAAAAAAGUUAACUUGUAUUAUGUAUUUUUACUACACUUUUCUUAAAAAUAGAGCAAUGGGAAAACUCUGAAAGAGAUUGACAUUUUUCUCAACAGGAAUCCAUACUUAACAGUUCUGGCUUUCAUUAAAUUUUGCUCUUUGGUACCUGGGCCUUUUAUUUAACAUCUAUAUUUGUUUUAAUUCUCUUAGCAGAUGUGUGAAAGGAUUUCUGCUUGAUCAAACACUAAAUAUUUUGGUUCCUGUUUUUCUUUCAAGUAGCCAGGGGUUUUUUUUCUUUUGGUAUUUGCAUAAAAUGAAAAUAUCACCGAGAAUUAAAUCACUGUGGAUCCAUUA